AUGCGCGCGCGACGCGAGACGACGACGGACGACGCGAGUCGCGCGUCGGACGCGCGCGACGACGCGUCGACGCCGGAGACGUCGGCGAAACGCGACGCGCGAUACGAAUAUGAGAUCGCGUUGGGGAGCAGUGGAUGGUUGUUCGUGUAUUACGUCGGCGUCGUCAAGGCGAUGCGCGAACGAGGGAUGGCGAGUAAAACGAAGGUGUACGGGACCUCUGGUGGGGCACUUUCGGGGGCGUUGUUGUUCAUGGACUGCGAUUUGGACGCGUUGGCGCAGUAUGUGUACAUUUGCGCGGCGCGAGCGCGGCGGUCGGUGUUGGGGGCGUUUCAACUGCGCGCGUACUGUCGAGGCGCGAUGACGGAGUUUUGUGAUCCCAAGGCGCAUGAGUUACUGUCCGGGAGGUUUGAAGUGUCGAUCACGAGAAUACUGCCGUCGUGGAAGAAUCUACGAAUCAGUUCGUUUCCGACGUAUGACUUUUUGAUUCAGGCGUUGUUGUGCUCGGCGUGCAUCGUGCCGCUGAGCGGGUUGCCGAUGUGGUUGCGAGGUUUCGGUUUGUGCCUGGACGGUGCUGUGACGGACAUGCAGGUUUGGAAAGGGUUUAAGAAAGAUGGCACCUUCAGCAAGUUGCAUUGCAAGGAGGCGAACCCGAACAUCGUCAUCGUCAAUCCAUUUUAUUCGUCGCGGGCGGACAUCAAGCCGAGCAAGUACAUCCCGGUUUGGUGGUGCUUUUACCCGCCAGAGCCGUACAAAUUGAAGCAGCUCUUCGAGAUGGGAUACGCAGACGCGCACGAUUGGUACGAGCGCACGCACGGCUUAGCGAAAACAUUGAAGUCGUCGCCCAAAACGCGAGCGGUGGGCAGCGACGACGGCGCUUCCGCGGAAGACGAAGAACCGCCGCGAAGCUGGGCGACAGACUGUCAAGAGUGGGCGAGCCAGAGCGCAGAGACGGCGGCUCGCCGCGCGGCCGCUGCGGCUGAAUCCGCGCGUCGUGCGGCGGCAAAACACGCCGACGAGUUUGGAUCUUUCAUGAAGCACGAAGCCGAGCUCGUGACGCGCAUGAGUUUCAAAGCAGCCGAGGUUGCGUCCGCGGCGGCGCGAAGCGUGAGCGAGAUGAAGGACGACAGAAAUUUCGCAGAGCGCGCCGACGCCGCGGCGCACGCCACCUUAGACGCGUUUGUCGUCGUCGGCAAGGGUACCAUCAUACCCUUCAGAUUGGUUCUCAAAAUUGCCGCCUGUUUGCUCGUUUACAUGGAGCUCGUAGUUCAAGCGUUCGUCGCCUUUGUCGGCGCCACGGUGGCGUGCAUCUUUCCGGGUAAAGUCGGUCGACAGGGCACUGAGUUGUGGCACAGGUGCCGGGCAUUUUCCCAACCGUUGCCGCGUGUGUUGCUCCAAGCCGUACCAGGAAUCAAAAUUGAGGCGAAAAUCAACGAACGUACCGCUAAACAGCUCGGAGAGCUGUCCGCGUUGUACCGUUUGCUGUGUUAUCUCGUGCACAUGGAGGAGCGCGAGUUCGAGAUUCUUCGAAAACGACUUUCGCAAGGCAAUCUAAGCGCGCUCGUAGACGACGUUAAAACGUAG